AACUUAAAGUUAUUGAGAUCAGGUAAUGAUAGGAGAAAAAAAGGCAAAUUAGCCCUUCAAUAUUAUAAAUUAUUCAAUACCUAUUUUUGGGAUUCUUCUCGUGAUGAAUACGAUGUUGAAUUUCAAAUAAAUAAACAGGUUCGAGAGCAGAAAGAUUCUUGA